UCAUUAUCAAUUUUUCUGAAUUUUUUUCCGAACGUGAGAAGUGAAAAUAAAUUUGCAAAAUAGCUCCUUAUUUUAUAAUUUCAUGGUUAAAAACUCGCUUUUAUAAUUGAAUUCCAAUCACCAUGUCUUAUUCAUUGAUUGUGAAAAGACUCCCUUCAAUUUUACAUCGCAGUAAUAAUCCAGUCAAACAAUUCAGCACCUCGGCUGUACAAUCAGUGGGUAUUAAAUGGAGACAGCAGCAUGGAUAUCCUGACAAUCAUACAUCAAGAGGAGUGCUCACAGAUGCGCCCGAUUACUCGUUCUUGGACGGUAAACCUACUCCAUACACUACCGGUCAACGAGCUAGAUUAUUGCGCCAGCAAGAAUACGCGGGUAGAGUGAGAUAUUUGCUUACGGUUGCUGAGAAGAGUAAGAAAGCCUAUCAAGAUAAAGUCGCUGCUCAACAAAAAGAAAGAGAAAAGAUCAUUGGACGAAAACUUAAGCCUAAAGGAAUGAAUUUGCAACGAAAUAAAUCAUAAUUUUAUAGCUUCGCUUUGAUUUUAUUUACUUAUCGUAAGUUUGUAAGGAAUUGUUAAUUAUUGUUUGUGUAAGUUUCAAAGAUUAUAAAACAUUAUUGCCUA